ACAAUGGCGGCUCCCAUGUCAUGGAGGUGGCUAGUGCAUUCUGUGUCCACGCCGGCCAUUGUAGGGGUUGUUACUCGGAUAUCCGACCGUCUGUUUCGCGCUCAUGACAGAAGAAGAGGGUCCUCCGUGCUGCUACUGGCUCCCUUGCUUGUUGAAACCAAMCCAGCUCCGCGCCGCGUCUCCAUGCCCACCGGGUCAGCCGGAGCUCAGGGCACAGAUGGCCUCUGCGCCCAUUUCCAGUGGAUGGCGGAGCAAGUGCCAGCCUUCCGGGUUCCAGGGAGCAGCAUCAAAAUACUGACCUCCCCUGAACAAUUCUACCUGGCCAUGAAGGCUCGUAUCAAAACUGCACAGAGGCGCGUAGUGAUGGCCUCCUUGUAUCUGGGAACGGGUCGUCAGGAGCAGGAGCUGGUGGACUGUAUGGAGGAAGCUCUCAGGCAUUCAAAGGAAAAUGGUCACUCUGAUCUAAAAGUUUCCAUUUUGCUGGACUACACACGUGGAUCAAGAGGGCAGAUUAACUCCAGAACCAUGCUGCUGCCUCUGUUGCAGCGCUUCACGUCUCAGGUGCGGGUCUCUCUGUACCACACUCCGGAUCUGAGAGGCCUGCUGCGACUUCUGGUCCCGCAGCGCUUCAACGAGACCAUCGGCGUCCAGCACAUCAAAGUUUACCUGUUUGACGACAGCAUUAUCAUCAGCGGAGCCAACCUAAGUGACUCGUACUUCACCAACAGACAGGACCGCUACGUGCUCCUGGAGAACUGCAGGGAGGUGGCGGACUUCUUCUCCGACCUGGUGGAGGCCGUGGGAGACGUCUCCCUUCAGCUACAGCCCGAUGACUCGGUCGCCAUGCUGGAAGGCAUGGUGCACCCGUACAAAGGCAACCGGCGGGACUUCUCGGCAGUGGCGAGGAAGCGAAUCAUGGACGUCGUGAACACGGCUCGCACGAGGCAACAGCUGCGGCACCACCAACGCUCGGAGGAGUCCGAGGAGGAGGAGGAGGAGGAGGAGGACGACACCUGGGUGUUCCCCCUGGUCCAGAUGAAACCUCUGGGCAUCCAGCUGGACGAGCAGGUCACACAGCGCCUGCUGACAGACGCCGAGCCGGACUCCACUGUGUACCUAACAUCGGGUUACUUCAACCUGACCCGCACCUACAUGCAGCUGGUGCUCGGGGCCGGAGCCAGCUACCGCAUCCUGACCGCCUCCCCUGAGGUCAACGGGUUCUUCGGGGCCAAAGGGUUGGCCGGCGCGAUCCCGGCAGCUUACGUCCACAUCGCCAGGCAGUUUUACAACCGGGUCUGCCAGCUGGGCCAGGAGGAGAGGGUCAUCCUGCACGAGUACCACCGGCCGCAGUGGACGUUUCACGCUAAAGGUCUUUGGUAUUACCUCCAGGGGCAGGACCGGCCUUGCCUCACCCUAAUCGGCUCCCCUAAUUUCGGUUACCGCUCGCUUCACCGCGACCUGGAGGCCCAGAUCGCCAUUGUAACGGAGAACGAGGAGCUGCAGAGCCAGCUGCAGGAGGAGCAGGAGAUGUUGUACCGGCGCUCCACGCAGGUGUCCGGCUCCACGUUCGAGCGGCCCGACCGCUACGUCAAGCUGUGGGUGAAACUGGUCACUCCCCUCAUCAAGAACUUCUUCUGAGACCCCAACAGGUGCAAAGGUGACACAUGAGCAAAUUUUCUUUUAUAUUCUGCCACAAAAAAGGGGAGAAAGUUGAUACAAUUUGUUUUUUAGUGUAAAAAAAACWAUAAUUUAACUUGAAACACAAGCAGUAAGACAAUAAAACAGACUUUUAGUCUUUAAAAUAAAACUCUUGGAGUAUAUUAGGAUGCCUCUCAGCUACCAUAUCAAACUGACCAAUUAACAGAUUGGCUCUUAAAGGUAAUGAAUUGUAGAAACACAUCGAACYAUUAUUUCCUGAAAGUUUUAUUCAAACCUGUCCAGUGGUUCAUGAGAUAUUUUGCU